UUCUCUCACUACUUCUAUACUACCUUGUGAAGCAAUUAAUGGCUCAUUUUGUUUUCUUUGUUUUGUUGUUUGCUGGGCAAGUGAUUGGUGGAUUCAGUACCCAGAAACUGCCACAAUCUGACAGUGGAAACACAUUAACUAUUCUGAGCAUUGAUGGUGGUGGAAUCAGAGGGAUUAUUCCAGCAAAAGUUCUUGAUCACUUAGAUAAGGCUCUUAAGGCUAAGGAUCCAAAUGCAGAUUUAGCACAUUACUUUGAUGCGAUAGGAGGAACUAGCACUGGUUCACAAAUAACAACUAUGUUAGCCACCCCAAGCCCUGAUGAUCCUAAUCGUGGUACCUUCACUCCUGCACAAAUUGUAGACUUCUACAAACAAAAUUAUCCUCACAUAUUCAAUCAAUCUAGACCUGGAAACGGUCCAAUGUUCGAUGGGGAGUUUGCACUUAACUUAACUCGUGAACUGUUGAAGGAUACACGAAUCAAUCAAACAUUGACCCAUGUUGUGAUCACAAGUUUCGACAUCAAAACACAAAAGCCGGUUAUAUUCUCAAACUACAAGCUUGAGAAUGUUCCGCACUUAAAUGGCUUGUUGUCGGAUAUACUGAUGUCGAGUACAGCUGCACCCACUAUUCUACCACCUUACUAUUUUGAGAAUGAUGGUGUUGAGUUCAAUAUGGCUGAUGGUGGUAUAGCAGCUAAUAAUCCGACACGAGCAACAGUGAGCGAGGUGGUACAACAAAAUGAGGAUUCCGAAAUCUUAGUGUUAUCUUUGGGAACCGGAACAGUUAAUUCGUCAAACACUUCUGGAAUCGAUUUCAUUGGUGGUGCUGCUGCAUCCAUGACCGAAUACUACGUUGCUUCACUGUUUGAAGGCUUCAAACUUGGCCACACGUACCUUCGAAUUGAGGAAUACAACUUGAAUCCUGCUUUCUCUAAUGCAUUUAAUGUUACACAAGCGAACAUGGACGGCCUUGAAGAGACCGGAAAACAACUGUUGCAGGAAAAUGUUUUAAAGUUGAAUUUGGAUACUUUCGAUCUAGAAAAACUCGGGGAAACAAAUGCCCAGGCUCUUGACAGGAUUGCUGAUAUUUUGUACGAAGAAAGACAACGUCGUCUGAAACGGAAAUCCAUGGAAAAGGGAGGAAGACCAAUCAUUCAAACUCCUAGGGUUCUUUCUGACAAAACUCAAGCAAGUGGGAAACUCCUAAGGAACCUUUUUAAUUAAUGUCAAUUGUAUCACUUUGUUAUUAACUCUCUUGUGUCAGAAUAAGCAAGGCAUGGGAGUUCUAUAUAUGUAACUCUUAUGGCUACCAAGCAUCUCUGUAUAAGAAAACCUUCACACUCCAUC